GGUAGAACCCAUGGACCGUUGAAAAAAACGACGUAGUUCAUAGCUUUUCCUCUGGUAUCAAAUAAUCAAUUGAGUGGCUGUGACAAGAACACAGAACAGCGAACACCAAAAACCCAUUACUCGACUUCAUUCUAAAACCUCCAUCUUCAAGGUACGAAUUUCAUCUCUUUCAGUGUGACCCAAAAAUAAUCGCUGUAUUAUAUACCAAAAACACUAGGUACUGUCACGGUUUCACUAGUGCGUAACAUAGAAAUUAUAUGAGAAUUGGAGGUUUACCGGGACUUAGCAAGUAACAUGUUUUGUUGCUUCUCACUUUUGUAUUUCAUAUAUGGGUUUUUCUGCUUAUAUUUAUAUUGAGGAAUACAAGAUGCAGGCUUUAAGUGUGUGUUCAUCCAAAGCGGGCUAUAGUGUAGUGCCUCCGUUGUCUUUAGAAGUUGGUUCUUCUAGUUUUUUAGGUGGAAGAAAUAGAAGCGUUGGACCCGUUUGUGAUAGCAGAAACACUGGUUUCUUUUUAGUUUCUAGCAGGUCAAGGUUUCGCUGUAGUGGGGUGUGUUUUAGCGGCAUAAAAUUUGAUUCUAAAUGCGGUCUAAUAUCUAGAUUAUCUAGUCUCAAGCUGGCUAUCUUUUGUGAGCCAAAGAAAUGCUCUUUUAGCAUGCCAGUCAUGUUGUCUUGGGCAAUGGAGGAACGAGAAAUUGGAAGUGAAUUCCUUAUGGUUGAUGGGUUUUCUGAGAAAACUGAGGGUGACAAUGUUGAUUAUCCUAUUGUAGAUAUGGUGGGAAAUAGUGAUGGAAAUGUUGAAGAAGAAAGUGAAGAAGUUGAUAUUAAGAGUGAGAGCAAAGUUGGAGAGCAGGAGAGUUCUAGGCUUGAUGUUAAGGCCUUGGCACAGAGUCUGUGGCUUGCUAAAACAGUGAAUGAUGUAGAAGAGGUUCUAAAGGACACGGGUGAUUUGCCUCCUCAAGUAUACUGUACCAUGAUUAGAGGUCUUGGCAGGGAUAAGAAAAUAGAGUGUGCAAUAGCUCUUUUUGAGUGGCUCAAGAGAAAGAAGAAAGAAACUGGUGAUGCUGUUGGGCCUAACAUUUUUUUAUAUAACAGUCUAUUGGGUGCAAUGAAACAAUGUCAACAAUUUGGAGAAUUGAAGAGAAUUAUGAAGGAUAUGGAUGAGGAGGGGAUUGCUCCUAAUGUUGUGACUUACAAUGCCUUGAUGGCUAUUUAUAUAGAGCAAAGAAAAGCAACCAAGGCCCUUAAUGUUCUUGGGGAGAUCCAACAGAAGGGCUUUACUCCAUCUGCUGUAUCCUAUUCUAAGGCUUUGUUGGCUUACCAAAGAAUGGAAGAUGGGAAUGGGGCAUUGAAGUUCUUUGUUGAAUUUAGAGAGAAAUAUCUGAAAGGUGAAAUAGGAAAAGGUGAUGGUAAAGAUUGGGAAAAUGAGUUUGCUAGGCUUGAGAAUUUCACCAUGUGUAUUUGCUACCAAGUGAUGCGGUGUUGGCUUGUGAAGGAUGAAAAUCAUAGCACCAAUGUGUUGAAACUUUUGACAGAAAUGGAUAAGGCUGGGCUUCAGCUUGCUCGGGCUGAAUUUGAGCGUCUUGUGUGGGCUUGUAACCGUGAUGAACACUAUGUUGUUGCCAAAGAAUUGUAUGCUAGCAUUAGAGAAAGGUUUGCUGAAAUAAACUUAUCUGUCUGUAAUCAUUUGAUUUGGUUGAUGGGAAAGGCCAAGAAGUGGUGGGCAGCUUUGGAGAUCUAUGAGGAUUUAUUGGACAAGGGACCAAAGCCUAAUAAUAUUUCAUAUGAAUUAAUUGUCUCUCAGUUUAACAUUUUACUUAGUGCGGCUGGAAAAAGAGGAAUUUGGAGAUGGGGUGUUAGGUUGCUCAACAAGAUGGAAGAAAAAGGUCUUAAACCUGGAAGUAGGGAAUGGAAUGCAGUUCUUGUUGCCUGUUCCAAGGCUUCAGAAUAUUCUGCUGCUGUGCAUAUAUUUGAGAGAAUGGUUGACAACGGUGAAAAACCCACAAUCAUCUCCUAUGUGGCGCUGCUUAGUGCCCUUGAAAAGGGCAAGCUUUAUGAUGAAGCCAUCCGGGUCUGGAAACAUAUGCUCAAUGUCGGUGUGGAACCAAACCUUUAUGCCUACACAAUUAUGGCUUCAGUUUUCAGUGCAAAAGAGGAGUUUAAUAAGGUUGAGCUGAUAUUCCGGGAGAUGGCUUCAACUGGUAUUGAGCCAACUGUCGUCACAUACAAUGCAAUUGUCAGUGCAUGUGCACGCAAAGGUAAGAGCGGUGCAGCAUAUGAAUGGUUUCACAGAAUGAAUGAUCACAACAUCUCACCUAAUGAGAUCACUUAUGAAACGCUGAUCAAGGCACUUGCAAAGGAUGGUAAACCAAGCAUUGCGGUUGACUUAUAUUUGAGGGCUCACAGUGAGGACCUUAACCUCUCUAAAAAGGCUUACGAUGCAGUUGUACAAUCCUCUCAAUUCAACAGCUCAGCUAUUGAUUUAACUGUUUUAGGACCUCAGCCACCAGACAAAAGGAAGAAAGUUGUAACUUGGAAGAGUUGAACGGAUUUCUGUCACUUUGCUGAUUUUCCCCAACCAUUUGAUAGAAAUGAAAUUUACACACCCCACAAACAGAAGGAAACCAUUAGAUAGUUAUCAUGAAUUUAUACAAAUUCUUUUUCACAUAUCAUUGCAUAUUCAAUUUGUUCUAAAUCAAUCUCUUCUUUCUCUUUUAAGCUUUCUUAUGGAAGUCACCUCCCCAGAAUCUGUAAGCUUUUCAAAUUUCAGUCUUUUGAGUCUAGCUACCAAUCAAUGGUUAUGAAAAAUGAGAAGGCCAAUGUUCAAAUCUUCCAA